AUGGAGCAACUCCUAAAACCCGAAAGGUUCGACGUAGACCCCACGUGCGCAAAUGCUGAAUCGAAGUGGAAGCACUGGAAGAGAACAUUUGCUAAUUUCCUGGGCCAAGUACCGCAAAUUACAGACGAAAAUAAACUGAACCUACUUUGUAAUUACGUCUCUGCAAGUGUCUUUCGAUACAUCAGUGACUCUGAGACAUACUCUGACGCCGUCGACGUACUUGACUCUCUGUUUGUAACGAAACGAAAUGAGAUUUUUGCAAGACAUUGUUUAGCAUCUAGAGCACAGCAAACUGGAGAAUCAAUCAACGAAUACCUCCAAAUACUAAAGCAAAUGAGUAAAGAUUGUGAUUUUAAAGCGGUAACAGCAGAUCAGUAUAAAGACGAGUAUAUACGGGAUGCUUUCAUUCGAGGUCUCCGGAGCCCACGUAUUCGUGAACGCCUCUUAGAAAACGCCACUAUUACGCUGGAAAAAGCCUACGACCAAGCUCGGUCACUUGAGCUAGCUGAAUUGCAUUCUGCGUCGUACUUGAAUACAGCGAACCCAACUCCUGUGGCUGCCGUUGAGCAUGUACAGGAUUGCUCUGAAGAAUCCCCGUCGAUUACUGUUGCCUCAGCCCGCCCUGGGAAAUGCUUUUUCUGCGGAAACGAACGUCAUCUUCGAAAUUCUUGCCCGGCCAAGGAUGCUACCUGUAGAGGGUGCGGGAAGAAAGGACAUUAUCAGAGAGUGUGUAAGUCAAGACAGGCACGCCCUUCCUCAAAUGCUACAACCUCUGCUGUGCUUUUGGCUUCCAUUUCAUCUAUGCCUCACUGUCUCCAGAAAUCUAUUACUAAAGUAUUAGUGAAUGGAAUAGAGCUAAAUGCCCUAAUUGAUACUGGUAGUUCUCUUAGUUUUCUGAACCAAUGUUUUGUGGAUAAAUGUGGAAUAAAUGUGAGGCCAUAUGCUGGCAAAAUAACCAUGGCUAACUCAUCCUUGAGUUCAGAUGUUACCGGAUGUGGCUAUAUUACCUUAAAGAUGCAGAAUCAUACAUAUCCUGAUAUGGAGGUGCUUAUUAUGAGAAAUCUGUGUGCCGACUUCCUGAUUGGACAUGAUCUUCUAAAUAGUCACUCCUCAGUAGAAAUAGAGUUCCAUGGUGACAAAACGCCCCUAAGAAUUUGCUCUCUGGCUACUGCUCGAAUUCCAGCUGUGUCUCUCUUUGCCAACUUAACACCUGACUGCAAACCGAUCAUCACCAAAUCCAGACGUCAGACAGAAGAGGACAAAUUAUUCAUUGCUGCUGAAGUGAAACGUUUACUCCUGGAAGGGGUAAUUGAGCCAAGCAACUCACCAUGGCGAGCUCAGGUUUUUAUAACAAAGGGAGAAAGUCACAAGCCAAGGAUGGUAGUCGACUAUUCACAAACUAUUAAUAAAUUUACAAUGCUUGAUGCCUACCCGCUCCCAAAAAUAGAAGAGUUGAUUCAAAAGAUAUCACAAUACAAGGUAUUUAGCACCAUUGACCUACAAAGUGCCUAUCACCAGGUACCUAUCUUAGAAUCUGAUAAGCAAUAUACAGCUUUUGAAGCAGCAGGAAAACUUUACCAUUUUCAGCGAAUUCCAUUCGGAGUAACUAAUGGAGUCCCUGCUUUCCAGAGAAGUAUUGAUAAAGUAAUCGAGAAAGAAAAACUUGAAGGCGUCUAUCCAUACCUUGAUGACGUUACAGUGUGUGGCCAGGACCAGGAAGCACAUGACCGGAAUUUGGACAGAUUUCUUACAGCAGCCAAGAAGUAUAAUUUGACACUAAAUCCAGAUAAGUGUAACUACUCGACAAAACGUGUUAAAAUAUUAGGUUAUCUUAUUGAGGACAAGGUUAUCAAGCCUCAUCCUGACAGGCUUGCGCCACUGAUGAACUUACCUAUUCCAAAAGACAUGGCCUCUCUACAAAGAACUCUGGAACUUGGGCAGGAGAGGAGAAGAAUUAUAGUUACAUUACAUGAAAAUUCCAACUUUGUUUUGUACAUGCAUAUUAAAUGCUGUCAUAAUUUCUUUUGUUGGCUAAGGUUGCAGAGGGCUCAGGGCGAUGAGACCCCUGGACCUGGAGAAAGGCACCCUUUUCAAUCUUCAAAGUAA